CAUUUUUCUAUUGAUAUCGUACGAUUCCGUCGCUUCGCUAUCGCAAUUAUCGCCAUGCAGAAUUACCUAAAUUCUGAAUACUGAUGCGCAACUAAUCAAAAAUGAAUUAAAAAUCCAAAUUACCCAUAACACAAUUUUGAAAUAUGACCCAUAUUCCUUUAAAAAAGUGCUAAGUGAACCGCUACGAUGACAGGAUUCGGUAAGGGAUUUGGAUAAGCAUCCGAUCACAGCAAUCGGUGAGCACAGUAAUGAUGAACCAGCUCAUAAGGAUGAGGACAGGUCGGUUGCUGACGAGCUGUCCCGAAGAGUUAGGGUUUUAUGCUGGGUCAUGACACAACCGAAGAACCACGAGGUGAAAGCGAAACACGUAAAAGCUACGUGGGGCAAACGGUGCAACAAAAUUCUGUUUAUGAGCAGUGUUGAAGAUCCCAGCCUGCCUACAGUAAAACUCCCAGUGAGCGAAGGAAGAGAUUUCCUUUGGGCGAAAACGAAGGCAGCAUUCCGCUACGUGUACGAACACCAUAGAAGAGACGCAGACUGGUUCUUAAAAGCUGAUGAUGAUACGUACGUGGUAGUGGAAAAUUUGAGAUAUAUGCUGGCAGACUACGAUAGCAAAGACCCAAUAUACUUCGGAUGCAGGUUCAAGCAUUUCUCUCCACAGGGUUACAUGAGCGGUGGCGCAGGGUAUGUGCUAAGCAGAGAAGCGUUGGACAGGUUCGUGAACAAAGCCCUGCCGACGCCACAGCUCUGUAACGCGGGAGAUCAGGGCGCUGAGGAUGCUGAGAUGGGCAAAUGUCUCGACAAGAUAGGAGUGCGUGCGAUGGACUCGCGUGACGAGUUACACCGCGGUCGGUUCUUCCCAUUCGUGCCACAGGACCAUCUCUUCCCCAACCGAGACAAAGACUUCUGGUACUGGAACUACAUUUUCUACCCUACUGAUGAGGGUCUAGACUGUUGUUCCGACCACGCAGUAUCAUUCCAUUACGUGGGCCCACAAUUGAUGUACGUACUCGACUACUUAAUAUACCAUUUACGACCUUAUGGCAUCAAAUACGGCAGCGGCGUCAUGCCCAAAAUCCUUAGAGGUAACGAUACCAAAGAUAUCGAAAAUCGUUAGCUAUUUACACACUGAAUAUAACAGGCUAAACCUUUUAUAGUCGAC